AUGCUUACCAGACAGGAGUUAUUUGCAAAACUCACCUCAAACCGCAAUACUAAAGUUAAUAUAGUACCUCCCGCACAAUCUUCAUCUCUAGGAAGAAGAUCUCUACAAACAAUUUCAAAACCAAAACCACGCCGAUUUGAAGUUGUUACAAUGAACAAUGCCAAUUCAAACACAGCAUUAGGAAAUCAUCCUACCAACGCACCAAUGAAUAUUGAUUUAUCAGAAGGAGCACCUCCCGCACAAUCUUCAUCUUUAGGAAGAAGACCUCUACAGACAAUUCCAAAACCACGACCACGCCGUCUCAAGGUUGAUACUAUGAACAUUGACAACCUUAAUGAUGCUUCAAAUAAUCAAUCAAACAACACACCAAUGGAUAUUGAUCCUAAAGAAUCAAGUCCAACUCCAAGCUCCUAUGCAGAAGUAUUUUGCAAAGCAACUCUACGCUGA